GUAACAGCUUGUUGUUUGCGCGUUAUUUAUGCGCUGUUGUGAGAAUGGAUACCUGUAAGAAAAAAAAAAAAAAACUAAAUGAAAAUGAUGCAUUCUAAAACGCAACAUACAUUCCCAAACCGAUUUACGUAAAAUAUUAAAACAGUAUGAGACUUUCAACCUUAACUUGAGGCUAUGGUAAGGAUCAAAAUUUCCGUCACAUGCCCGUAAAGUGAGCCUUAAUGAACAUCGUCGCAAAAAGAGGAAACCGAGAUGAUGUCCAUAGCAGAACAGAAAGCCAAGAUUAACAGCGACAUCCAAGCCCUUCGGAAGAAAAUUCAGUUGUCAGAGGGCGAGAGCAAAGCCUUCUACGAGGAGAGCGAGGGAGAGAAACAAGCUAACAAGGCGGCCAUAACGACCCUUCGAGGCGAGAUCAAACACCUCCAUGUCAAAAUCGAGGAGGCAAAACAGGGCAGCGAGCGGAGCGUCGAGAGAGUCCUGCAGCAGCGGCGCCGUGCCAUCAGCGCCCCCGUCAAGGUCAAGAAAGCGGAGGGCGCCAUCAGGGCCUCCGAGUACAAGCUGCACGACCUCGUCAAAAGGCUCAACUUCCUCCAGCACUCUCGGAAACAGCGUGAAAAUCGGCUGAACUCCCUAAAACAACAGCUGGGGGAAUCGUCUUCAGACAGGGUACAGGAAGAGCACCGCACAAUUCAGCAGUUACAACAGGAUCUGAUCGCGCUGGAGAACGAGCAGGAGCGAGUGGGCGUGAGUGUGACGGAGGCGGAGAGUGUGAAGCGGCGCUACGGAGCCAUGGUGACGGCGCUCAAAGGGGAGGCAGCCUCCUACAGGACGACCCUUGACACGCUGCACGCCAGACUCGCCGAGGAGAAGGAUUCCUUGAAGAACUUGAGGGAUAGCAGGAAGAAAGCAGAGAAAACACGAGACUGCUUGAGAACGCGCCUGCAUGAGGAGGAGGAAAGCGCUUACGAGACCAAGAGGGAACGCGAAAAGAGGCUCUUCGAAUUUCGGAAAAAAGCCGAGGAGCGCCGUCAGCAGGACCUGGGCGCCGCCGUGGACCGCAGGCUCUCCAUCAUGAGGACGCCCACGCGCAGGGACUCGCCCACGGCCGCCCUCACGCAGGACACUCAGGAGCAGAUCGAGGCCGAGCUGGAGAAGUACCAGCAGCUUUUCUCGAGGUUGAAGGAAGUGCUCGGUGUGACGAGCGUGGAGGAGGUGCUGGACCGGCUCACCAGUCAGGCCGGGACGAGGGAGCACCUUCGGCAGCUGCGUUCCGUCACCCUCGAGGAAGUUACGCGGCUCAAGCAGGAGAAGGAGCAGCUGCACGAGGAACUGCACCGAGUUAAAUACGCCAGCACGGAGGACGCUGCUAAGAUGGUCGGAAUGAUCGAGGACCUCAAGAAGAAGGUGGAAGAGAAGGAGGCCAUGAAGGAGGACCUGUCAGGGCGCCUCGACGGAACACUCAAGAUCCUGGCGGGCGUGAGGGCGGGGCAGGAGCACAUCGCGGAGAAAUUGGAGACGGCCGAGAACGAGCGCCCACCAAAAGCCGAGUCUCCUCUGCAGUAUCUUGUGGUUCUCAUGGCAUUCUGCAUGGACAGGGCCAGGGAGCUCAUGGAAGAAGUGAGGGAUGCUCAGAUCGACCAGAAGCUCGCGGAGAUGGUGGAAGAGGAAAAGGACUCGGGAGGAAUGAUGACGUCACCGGAGAACAUUCGCGUGGCCUUCCCAGCCGCCGGCGCCACCGCCAAGGCAGCUCAGCAACAGGUGGAGGAGGGCGGGGACAGCGGCGAGGAGGAGGAGACCCUGACGAGGAAGUUCAUCAAGCGACAGGCCCAGAUGAUCGUGGAGGCGAAGGCACGCAAGAGGAACCGACCUGUCACGUCUUUCAAGUCUUAGAGCCUGAAAUCCCGCAGCCUUGCAAGGACCCGGUGAACUGCUCCGACUUCUUUGGCAUCAAUGUGUGUAGAUCAGCGGCGCUUAACUACAGUGCAUUCAGUCUCGGGAUAAAAAGAAAAGGUAACUUACCCGAACUCUGAAAUACUCCGAUUCUAAUCAGCUUACUGUGUCAAUACCUGUUUCAAUUUCUUUUGUAUUUAGAAAACAUACCUUUUUAUUUAUUUUAAAAUUUACUCCCUUCAAUGACACUUUAUAGCGUUCGACUUCUCUUGAUUGUUUAUCCAUUAUAUAUUGAUUAUCAUUUUUAUUCCCAGUAAGGGCGCUUUCACACAGGGUGGCACGACGCACUGGCAUGUCGUUUAACAAUAAACAUCCGAAAAUAUGUGGAACCUUUCACAAAGAAGUGGCGUGGCAUGUCGCAUUUGCCACGUGCGACCUGCGUCCGAC